AAAAGGCAUUCAAUUCCCAUCACAUAUAUGGUUGGGUAGCUCGCGGAACCAUAACCUCUUGAUCCUUGUAGCUAGGAUUCAUCGUCCAUUUCUCUUGCUAUCUUGCCUAAACACUCGUAUAUAACAUUCUUCGCAACACCAAGAAAGAUCUCAACCUUAACUUCAGAUCGAUCAUCCUCAACAAUUUGAGGAGAGAGAGAGAGGGGUGGUGGCUGUCGCGGCUGCCUCCGUUGCCUUCCAUCGCCACUCCUGAUAUAUCAUCAGUUAUCAUCACCGGGUAUACUCCCAUGGCCUCGCCACCUUCGCCAGCAGAAUAUCGUUCUUAUCGAUAUGUACUUGACGAUAAUCUAUCAUCUCCGACACCAGCACCAGGUCCAUCACAACCACCUCCAUCUCCACCGCCACCGCCACUGCCAUCGCCACCACCACCAUAUCCAUUUUCAUCUCCAUGGUCAUCACCGCCAUCGCCACAAGCACCACCACCACAAAUUCUGACGGCGCCACCACUACCUGCGCAAGCACUGCCACUAGCACAACCCAAGACCAACUCCUCGACGAAGACGAUCGCCAUGGCAGUAGUAGUUCCUACGCUCGCGGUGUGCGUGGUCGCCGCGGCGCUUCUAUGGCUGUGGCGCCAGCGGAAGCGCCGCCGCAAGAACUCACCGCCGCCGGCAAACAAUGACAGCGACCAGUACUCCUCCGACGGGCAGCGGCAGCACGGCACCGCCGACCUGGAGAGAGCCGUGACCGGCGGCGGGCCGCGGCGGUACCAGUUCCACGAGCUCGCCGCCGCGACGCGCGACUUCGCCGAGGAGGAGAAGCUCGGGCAAGGAGGGUUCGGCAACGUCUACCUGGGCCGCCUCGCCGUCGGCACUGGCGGCGGCGAGGACCACCAGGAGGUGGCCGUGAAGAAGUUCUCGAUGGACUCCAUGUCUCAGGGAAGGAGGGAGUUCGAGGCCGAGGUGAGGAUCAUAAGCCAGCUGAGGCAUCGAAACCUGGUGCAGCUGCAUGGUUGGUGUGAUAGCCGCAAGGGGCUCUUGCUCGUCUACGAGCUUGUGGCAGGAGGAAGCCUAGAUAAGCACAUCUAUAACACCGACAGGAUACUCACCUGGCCAGAGAGAUACAAGAUCAUUAUGGGAUUAGGAGCUGCGCUACGUUACCUUCAUCAAGAGUGGGAGCAAUGCAUCCUGCACGGCGACAUCAAACCAAGCAACAUCAUGGUUGACUCGUCGUACAACACCAAGCUAGGGGACUUUGGGCUGGCAAGGCUCGUCGACCACGGCAAAGCGUGGCAGGCCACAAGGUCCGUGCUCGGCACGGCCGGCUACAUCGACCCGGAGUUCGUGAACACGCGGCGGCCGAGCACCGAGUCCGACGUCUACAGCUUCGGCGUCGUCCUCCUCGAGAUCGUCUGCGCCAAGCCGCCGGUGGUCUUGCAGGAGAACGAGCCGAGCUUCGUGCUGCUGAGGUGGGUAUGGAACCUGUACAGCCAGAACGCGAUCCUCGACGCGGUGGACGAGCGGCUGCGUGUCGUUGGCGUCGUGCGCGACGAGCGGCAGAUGGAGCGCGUGCUGGUCGUCGGGCUGUGGUGCGCGCACCCUGACCUGAGUGAGCGCCCGUCCAUCGCCCGCGCCAUGAACGUCCUGCAGUCCGACGACGCGAGGUUGCCGGAUCUCUCGCCGCAGAUGUACAAGUCCAAGGCGUCACCGCCUCCAAGAGAUGUCGCCGUGGGGGUAGAUUACGGCGGUGUCAGUACAGGUAGCACGUUCUCAGGCAGUGGUGUUCCCACAUCGGCGACCACAACAACCACGCGUUCCUCCGGAUCAUUUGUUGGUUGAUACAAUCUUUGUGGGUAUAAAUACAUUUGCUUAUUAUCUGUUAUCAGAAAAGGGAGAAUAUUAGUUCUGAGCAUCGGGUAGCUAUUUCUAUCAAUGGUAUAAAUUUUAGUUGUAUGAGAAAUACAUUAGUUAUUUCUAAAUUAUAGCAACUUAUUAUAUUCAAAUAAUUUCCAUGUUUGUAGCAAAUUGCUAAUUAUUUGUUUUGAUUUUUGAUAUCAA